AGGUGUAAAUGUCAACCGAAAACGACGUUUCAGAAGAGAAUAAUUCAGAGCUUGACGAUGUUGAAGACGCAAAACAAGAUGAUCGGCGACGAUCGACUACGGUAAUAAUGACAAUGAAUGUGACGACGGUGCCAGCUACAGAAAGUGAGGGAGUUCGGAGGAAUGGAAGUGUUCGAAGACGACUUUCAAAACAGAAUGCAACAAUUGAAGAGCCAAUAUCUCUCCUGUCAAUUUCUGAUAGCCCAUCAGAAAACUCGGAUACUACGGUCCCAUGCAUAGAAGAGCAUCCAGAAGAAGGCAAAGAAGAGGAGAAGCCAGCAGAAAGCAGUGACGUGUCAAAACUCCGCCCACCGGGUCUCGCACAGAAUAAACUGUGGUCCACAUCGAAAUCGUUAAGCAGAGAGUCCACAGGAACCGAGUACUCGGACAGAAGUGGCAUUGAUCUAAGGAAUUUUGUGGAUCGCACGUUACACAAGAGUGAAGAAGAUCGGAAGCAGCUUCUGGAGUUCGAAAAACAACUCAAAGAACUUAUUUUAGAUGAUAGCACACAAUCGAAAAGAUUCGAGCUUCCAUCAUCCUAUCACCGAAUGCUUCUUCACAGGUGUGCCGCGUGGUUUGGUCUUGAUCAUAAUGUUACGAAUAAGCAGACCGAUAUUGUUGUGAACAAGUCAGAGAAAACCAAAAUUCCUGAUGACAACUUCACCGACUACAUCCGGCACGAUAAUUACGUAGAAGACCGACUGAAACGACAAAACACUUGCGGAUCCCGCAAGGAACUUCACCAUAUGGAAUCAUUCGGUGAUCAUUCGACGAGUCAAUAUGGAAGUCAAGCAAGUCUUAAUCAUGAUCUACUCAUGAUGCGAAGGGCACAAUCAUUUGACGUGGCAGCAGUCACUGGACCAUCAGUUAUUCAACCUCAAUCUCCACAUCAUGUUCGAGGUCUUCCGAUGCGACAACUUUCACUCAACUGCCCACAACAAUCAAUGGUUACUGCACCAAUGAGUGGACCACAGGGACAUCAAUGGGCACCGCAAAGAUCAUUUGAUUGCUCCAAUAAUAGUUAUUUGUGCACUGGAAAACAUCCAAUGAUGAGGAAAGCAGAGAGCUUCGGAGGAAUGGCAAACGGAAUAUCACAUGGCUGUUACGAGCAAAGUGUGCCAGUAGUUUGUGGAACACCUCCAUCAGUGAUGGUUCAUCACCACCACCACCACGCUCACAUCCAACAACCUCCAACCUCCAACUAUACAGGCUAUCAGGUAUUCGAAGAAAUGUCAAUGCCAUCAUCAAACUACCAAGAGCCUGGAAUGUGCUCCCCGGGAGGAACCUACUAUGAGUAUGUACCUCAACCAGUAGUUCAACCACAACAGUACGCUCGUCCAAUUCGGUACAUGCCACAAGAUUACCGAAGACCUCAAGGAGUUCAGUAUAUGUAUGGACCACCACCACCACAACAAUAUAUGCAAUACCAGCCAAUGGUUCAUCCGGAAGUUGAAGUUAUUGUAGAUCCAGUUCAAACUCAACCCUUUCCACAAGUCAGUCACUUUGUACUGCCUGAUCAACAACAGGGAUACUCAUCAAGCCAUCAAGCAGAGACAGCAAAUAGUUUUAUAAAGGCAAGCAUUGAUGGUGGAUAUGGAAGCAUGAAUCAAGACGUCGAGAAUGCUGAAAAGGUCGAGGAGGUCUAAACCUUUCCCCCCC